AGUUGUGCAGGGACGUUUCAGGAAGCACGUGUUCCGGAAUGGUGCGGUUUAAGUCCAGGUACCUACUGUGUGAGGUGUGUGUGUCCAACCCCUCGGACCUGCGGCUGCUGGACGAACGGGCCGUGUUCUUUGCGGUGAAGGCGGCGGUGUCUCGGGCGCAUGGGGACUAUGGCACGGCGCUCAUCGGCAUGUGCUUCUCAGUGAAGUACCUGAACGCCCAUACAGGAGUGGUGUUUCUACGCUGCCGCAAGAGCCACUACCGGAUGCUCUGGUCUGCAUUGCCCUUCAUCAGCAGCCUGGAGAGCCGAGGGCAGCGCGUGCCCUGUUUCUUCAACUGCCUGCAUGUUGGAGGGACGAUUCGGACGUGUCAGAAGUUCCUGAUCCGAUACAACACUCAGCAGCUUCAUCGCCUGCUUCCCCGAUGUCGUAGCGACAAGGAGCGAUCAGAGGUGCGCAAGGCAGUGCUAAGUUGCUCCUUAAAAGUUUUCAGAAAUGAUGAGGAGGAAGAUGAUGAAGACUGGGGUGGCGAGGAGGUUGCAGAAUAGAGUCCUGUGGAUGGAGGUGUUGACUUUGUGUGGAUCUCCUGCUGAGCCCAGUGAAAUGGGGCAGGUGACCCCAAGACUCCACCGUGUUCAUCCUCCAGGGUCGCGCUGACUUGGUCACUAUUUUUGCCUCGCAUCACAUCAGCAAGCAAGUGACCAAAGUCCCAAGCGGACAAUAACAGAGCCUGUAUAAACUUUUAGUUCAGAGGGAGAAAAUAUAAUCUUUGGCUGGUCUGUUUGUUAAUGUAUAAUAUAUAUAUAUUUUUUUGCCUAAAGAUGAAGAGAAUUAUUAUCUUUAAAAUGAUCAUCUAUAACUUUAGGAUUAUUUUACAUUUUCUUUUUCUCCAGAAUUUACAGAUGACCAAAAACUAUGGUGCAUGGUUUGGAAGUUUUCUUGUUUUUUU